AUGGGUUGGACGCUGCUCAAGAUGCAGUUCUUGUACAAGCUGGCCGAUUUUGGCAUGCACGCCAUGGUUGCCAUGUCGUGCUGGGAUCAGCUCCAUCAGAUCCAAUCCACUAAGUCAGCCCAGGCUCUUGAAAGAGCCGACGAGGUGGGUGGUUUCUUGCGGUCUCUUGACAUUGCACAGAUCCAGCGCGCUUGGUCUGUCGCCAGUAGCGCUUGCGACGAAAGUAGCACUUUAUCGAGCGGCCUCGAUCUAGUCGGGCGCUAUCCCGUCCGCUGGCGGUUCUCAACGUGGCUCAACCAUACCUUCACCGGGGAGCUGCACUGUGUGGCCGCGAUAGAGAGCAGCGAUACCAGGGUGCUACAUCUCGGCUUCGAAGGCACUAACGAUGCACAGAGUUGGGGGCUCGACAUCAUCGGAUCUCUCAUGUAUGAGGACGAGUGGGGUGUGAACGGCGUAAAGGUGCAUGCGGGCUUCCGAGCCGCUGCCGCUGCCAUGUGGAAGCACGUGAUCGAAAAGUAUGGACCGCUCAAGGAGAGAUACUCGCGAGUCCACGUAACCGGCCACUCCUUGGGCGGCGCUAUUGCCGUCCUUGUUGCCAUGAAGCUAGAAGACGAGGGCGUGCCUUAUCAUGCCGUCACGUUCGCUCAACCCAAAGUCACAGAUGUAGAGGGCGGUCGGCAGUACGCGUCUCUCGAUCUGACCCGCGUCAUUUUCGAAGACGAUCCCAUUCCGGCAAUGCCGUGGCUUUUGUCACACUUCCAGCACGCGCUCGUUGUCUACGCUGAUGGUUCCAUUGGCGUUCGCCCCUCCUUUGACACCCACCAAAGCCGACCGGUGAGGGAUGCCGGCUUUCUUUUCCACAAGGUCACCGAGGGAAUGUGCACAACACACCCUGAUCUCGGACUCAUGGCGCAGUGCUUGGACAGUGCGGUCGGCGUGCCCUUCAUGAGAGGUUUGGACAGCACGAUUGACAACGCGGAUGAAUGCAAAUAUAUGUACUUGCACGCGGCUGCUAGCUACGCGCGCGGGGUGUCGAUGAUGGUUGAUCGGAUUUACACGCCAGCUGUUCUGGAGAAGGAGGCGCACAUCGACGCGCUUGCAGAGCAUAGUGUCUUGCUGCACAACUACACGGCCAGCCUUGGUGCGCUGAUGCAAACCGAGUUUGUGCUGCAGCUCGACGAAGUGCCACUCGACGUCUCGCUGCCACGGCUCCAUCUCAACGCUUUCGACCAGCAGGUUGCCGUUCGCGCGCUAGAGGACUACCAAAGCGACCUCGCAGAGCACGAACUCUCCGCCUACUUUGUACAACUGUCAGAGGGGGCCAAGGCCCGCAAUCACUUGCUCGGACAGUGGGUUCAAGCCUCGAUGACAUUGCAGGACACAAAGGGCAGGAGGAAUGCGACUAAGCUUAAGGUGCAGUUACUCGAGAACGCGUCUCGUGUCGAGGGCGUGACACAUGACGCCCUCGACUGGCAGCGGGACCAGCUCGGGUACCUCGCGCUUCGAUACCUGCGCGCGCAAAUAUCUGCAUUCGAGUACGAAGCUCUGGAACCCUUUGAUCCCAAGCUUGAGGCUCCAAUAACAUCGGCACAGCUGGCGACGAUACGGAGACGGCUGACGCAAGAAAUGACGGACACAAAAGAACGCAGGGCGUCCGAGCCGCCCCAUUGUUAUGACAGCACGGGUUUCCGACUCGUGCGCGAUCGCAACCCACUAGUGUUUGAAGAGUUGGUGCGUACCAACAAGACCACCAUUCGGAUCCCGAUGGCAAAGGAUUGCAACUUCUACCGUGUUCACAUGAAAAACGUGCGCGUCUACCUCGAGCUCGACCACGGAAACAUGUCGGCGUUGCUUCAACAGCAGGGCUCAACCAAAAUAUCGCUCUCCAUCACCAAGCUGGGUACUGAGUCGUUUCUUGACAGGGACGGGAGUGUCUGGGAAUUCAUCCCCGCAAGUACGAAGACGUUCGUGUUCGUUUACUCCAUCAGCCCCCACCCUGUUGACAAGGCCACCUUCAGCUUCAGGGGCGCUCCUUCCUCGGUUGCGACAUCGGUGCCGACGGCCGAGUUCUGCCCAUUCCACAACGGAAUGGAGUGGAACUGCGACACCCCAGCCGGAAGUCCGUUUGGGCUCUGGGAAGUUGCGGUCCCGGAUGACGACGAUGUGGUGCUUGGAAGGUGGCCGCAAGGCUUGAGUUUGAGCGCAGUCGCAGCUAUCAAAUUUGAAUUUGGGCUCAUCUACCGCGAGAUCGAUCCUCGCAAGUUGACGGCUAUGUUUGUUGACCCCCCUGAAGAGGAUCCCGAGAGCAAUAGCUUCACGCGAGCUCUCCCGCGAGGGACCGGCCCAUGA